GAAGAGGAAGCCACUGCUUCUAGAAUGAGUCCCUCAGGGAGUGAGGGAGAAAUGUCCCUUAAAAGGAGUUUUCCUACAGAACAGGACACUGACAGGGAACAUAAGAGGAUCAAGACAGACAGACCAGUCUCACCUGCACCUAGUGGUGUCUCCAUGAAGAGUGACCAGUCAAUGGGACUUCCUAUUCUCUUUAGGAAAGCAGAACUUUCCACUGAGCAAAGGAUCAAGACAGACAGACCAGUCUCACCUGUACCAAGCUGUGUCUCCAUGAAGAGUGACCAGUCCAUGGGACUUCCUAUUCUCUUCAGUGAUGGAGAAUUAUCCGCUGGGAAAAGCAGUAUCUCUGAGGAGAAUGACCAGUCAAUGGAUGACCAACCCAGAGUCCCUACUGAUGAGAAAGUGUACAACACUGUUUCCACUAAGACAGAAAUCCAGGAGAAAAUGAAAUCCUACUUGAGGAAUAGGACAUAUUCUUUAUUUGAAGGCAUUGAGGAUCAAGCUAAAAAAACACCUCUUAACAACAUCUACACAGAGCUCUACAUCACACAAGGUGGAAGUGGAGAGGUUAAUUAUGAACAUGAGGUGAGACAGAUUGAGACAGCAUGCAGGUUUCCAGUAGAACACGAGACAUCAAUCCAACUCAAUGACAUCUUCAAACCCUUACCUGGACAAGACAAGCCUAUCAGAACAGUGCUGACAAGGGGAGUUGCUGGCAUUGGAAAAACAGUGUCUGUGCUGAAGUUCAUGUUGGACUGGACUGAAGGAAAAGCAAAUCAAGACAUCCAGAUCAUCUUUCCACUUCCUUUUCGGGAUCUGAACUUGAUGAGAGAUAAAAAUCAAAGUCUGAUAGAACUACUUCAUCACUCCUUUAUAGAAACAAAACAAUCAGAAAUCUCAGAAAACAAAAAUAUUGUGUUUGUUUUUGAUGGUCUGGAUGAAUGUCGCCUUCCUCUAGACUUCCAGAAUAAUAAGAUCUGCUGUGAUGUCACAGAGUCAACUUCAGUGGAAGUUCUGCUGACAAACCUCAUCAAAGGGAAUAUGCUUCCAUCUGCUCAGAUUUGGAUAACAUCCCGACCUGCAGCAGCCAAUCAGAUCCCUCCUGAGUGUGUUGACCAGGUGACAGAGGUACGAGGAUUCAAUGACCCACAGAAGGAGGAGUACUUCAGGAAGAGAAUUGGUGAGGAAGACCUGGCCAGCAGAAUCAUCUCACACAUAAAGACAUCAAGGAGCCUCCACAUCAUGUGCCACAUUCCAGUGUUCUGUUGGAUUUCAGCCACUGUCCUAGAGAGACUAUUGGUUGAAGCAGAGAGUCGAGAGAUCCCCAAGAAUCUAACUCAAAUGUACGCUCACCUCAUGAUCUUCCUGUCAAAACUGAGGACUCAGAAAUAUCCUGUAGAGCAUGCCAACGAUUCUCACUGGGAUAAAGAGAUGAUUCACGCACUGGGAAAAUUGGCUUUUCAACAGCUAGAAAAAGGCCAUCUGAUAUUCUAUGAGGAAGACCUGAGAGAGUGUGGCAUUGACAUCAAGGAUGCGUCUGUGUACUCUGGAGUGUGCACUCAGAUCUUCAGAGAAGAGUCCGGGCUUAACCAGAUGAAGGUGUACUGCUUUGUACAUCUGAGUAUCCAGGAGUUUCUGGCUGCACUAUAUGUGUUCCUCAUGUUCACUAACGACAACAACAAUCUGAUGGCUAAAGAGAGAUCCCUCCGCAAUAAAAACAGUCUAUAUGAAGAUGCCGUGGACAAGGCCUUGCAGUUUGAAAAUGGCCAUCUGGACCUUUUCCUCCGCUUCCUUCUUGGCCUUUCACAUGAGUCCAAUCAGCAUCUCCUACAAGGCCUACUGACACCAACAGGAAGCAGCUCACAGAACAACAAGGAAACAGUCAAGUACAUCAAGGAGAAGAUCAGGAAGAACCUCCCCCUGGAGAGGUGUAUCAAUCUGUUCCACUGUCUGAAUGAACUGAAUGAUCAUUCUCUAGAGGAGGAAAUCCAAAGCUACCUGAGAUCAGGAAGUCUCUCAAAAUCUAAACUCUCACCUGGACAGUGGUCAGCUCUGGUCUUCAUGUUGCUGACCUCCGAGAAGCUGGAUGUGUUUGACCUGAAGAAAUACAUCAGAUCAGAUGCGGCUCUUCUCAAACUUCUCCCAGUUGUCAGAUCCUCUAGAACAGCCCUGCUGAACGAAUGUAAACUCACCAAGAAAAGCUUUGAGGCACUGGCUUCUGUUCUCAAAUCAAACUCAUGCUGUCUGAGAGUGCUGGACAUGAGUGGCAAUAAACUCCAGGAUUCAGGAGUGAAGCUGCUCUCUGCUGGACUGGAGGAUCCACACUGUAAACUGGAGACAUUGAAGUGAGUGACUUUGUAUUGAAGGAAUUUUAUUCCUCUGUUUUAAUUCCUAAUUAAAAUUA